CAAAUACUACUCAAAAAAUCUACAAGCCAAAUACAACUUCUCUACAAUAUUUCUGCUACCUUGAUAAUCCUCAAACAAUGUUCAAGGACACAUUUAAGUUGGUCCUCGUGGGCGAUGGUCAAACGGGCAAAACCUCAUUGAUAAGACGCCAUCUCAAGGGCACUUUUGAUGAGUUCUAUAGGCCCACCGUAGGACACGAGGUUAAGGAUCUAGAGUUCCAGACAAAACGAGGACCUGUCUGCUUCAGUGUUUGGGACACUGCUGGACAGGAUAAGUACGCGGGCCUUCGCGACAUAUACUACACUGGCAGCCACUGUGCCAUCAUUAUGUUCGAUGUGACCUCACCCUCGAGCUACAGCAGGGUUGCCUACUGGCAUCGCGAAAUAUUGGCCACCUGCGGCCGCAUACCCAUUGUUCUGUGCGGCAACAAGGCAGAGAUCAUCAAGGAUCGCAAGGUGUUCAAAGGCCAUAAAGUUCACCAUUGGGAGUUUCAGUACUUUGAUAUUUCGGUGAAGAACAACUACUGCUGCGAGGAGCCUUUUCUCAGUCUCUUCUAUCAGCUGAUUGGCGAGCGUUUCAAAUAUUGUGCCAUAGUGCGUCCGCACCUCACGAUGAUACAGGAGGUGGAAAACGAAGAUAAAGAAGAUCUUGAGAUGGAGAUCGAACAUAAAGAUGAUCUUGAAAUGGAGAUCGAAGAGGAAGCUCAACAGGCGUUACCAUUGGUGGAUUUUUAACCUAAAAAAACAUUAAUUUUGAAGUUGAGUUCUAAAUUUUAAUAGUUCCUAUGAAUA